UGGAACCGAAAUCAUUUAGUCGUGAACAAGCGUACACUCGACAACAAACAAUGGAAAGUAUCAUAUCUAGUUGGGAACGCAGCACCUGUUUCGGAUAUCCCGAGGAUAAUCCAAGGCGAUACAAUCACGGGAAAUACGAGCCGAUUGCUGACAGAUUGGAGAGAUUAAUAGCAGAACCAAACCAGGAAAACGUUCGAUAUAUAGAAAUGGAACAGAAUCCGGUGUUCACCAUACCCUCUGUUUAUCUGAAGCCAACGGUCAUUACGGCACAACCACAAGAAGAGAGAGAGAGCAGAGAAAGAAGAUCCAUGAACACGUUGGACUGGACAUCAACGUCGAACUUGCAGAUAACUACAGUCUUCGGAAGUUACGUCCUGAAUGACUUGGAGCAAUUGGAAAUUCGGCAGAUUGUUGAUCUCAGUACAUUGUUCGGCAAGAAAAGGAAAUUCAACUACAAAGUGAAAAUACCGAGAGCCGAAACAGUUUUCCUAGCCCUGGACUUAGGGCAAACUGAAGAGUCAAGCUGCUGGGAUUGCGCCAACCUGUUCCGCGACGAAUUCACGUUGAACGUCGUGAAUCGAUAUGGCGAGAAAGCCUUCACCAUGAUCAUGAAAUCCAGGCUCGCGUAUAUGGUUUCCAGAUUGCACGUCAUAAAGGUGCUAGGUCCGAAUUUAAUUGGCACAGUGGAACAAAAUUACCGUCUAUUGGGCGUGUGUUUCACGAUCUAUAAUGCAGAGAAAGAAGAACUCUGCUAUAUAGAGGGGCCGAAUAUUUGUAGUUGUUGCAUGUAUCCAGAGUUACACUUCAAGGUGAUGUCGGCCGACGGUCGCCGUCAAAUUGCGUCCUUCAUGCAUCUGUGGGACUCUAUACUCCGCGAGUACAUCCUGUUACUCACGUUCUCUAAAGAGUUGGACACGUCACUGAAAAGUUUACUUCUCGCUGCGUCAUUUCUCAUAGAAUACGUGUACUUCAAAGAUGAAGCCUCUUCCGAAGGCCCAUCAUUAUUUCCCGCGAUGUAAAUAAGAAGAUAGCCUUGCAAGAUGAACCGGCUGAAAGAGGAAAUGUGCACUUUCAUUCGAUUUUGUGAGAAAAUGAUCAUCGUCGACGAAGAUCCGUUUUGAAGGUUUAAGAAUGUAAGAAGAAACUGGCGCAACAACGAGUCUACCUCGCUUCCCGAUAAUUCGAGAAAAUCAACACAGACCUUUGCAACUUGAAGCACGAUUAAGAUCAAGUGCAAACUUGCUACAAACUCGUGAUCCUCGAAUAUCAAACUUGUACUUAUAUAUUCUUCCUUUUUCAAUAAAUGCAACUUAAAUAUCGGA